UCGUGGAUGAACUGGGAUUCAAAGGUCAGGCCUGUCAAACUCCUGUGUCGUAACCACUGCAUUUUAGCUUCAUACCCGGUGGAGUGGGCGGCGUCCCCGCUGUCCCCGGGCCCCGCUGCGUCCCGGGGCCGCCCGGCUUCCCUGCUCGCGGGGCCUCGGGCCGCGUCGCGGCGGCUCCGCCAUCUCCCGAGCGAACGCUCCGCUGCAGUCGGGCCCAAGUACCGCUCCCACCAGGGGGAGGCGGCGCGCUGCAGCUUGUGGUGCCCGCUCGGGUCCGCGCGCUCCCCGAGCGUGGCCGCUGCGCGACCGGGAUCUGGGAUAAACCCACGGCCCUCCGCAGUGCUCAGCCCAGCCGCAACCUCCCAGGCCUCCGGCCUCACGCUCAGCCCACCACAGCGGACCCCGUCCUCCACGCCGGGUGGCACAGUCUGCAGAGCGUCGGGGCGGGCCCAGGGCCUAGGCCUGUCCACUCAGCCCCACGGAGGAGGAGGGAGCCCGCGUACUAAGGGCGGAGCCACCUCCGACUGGGGCGGGGCGAAGGCCGGCCCACCGCGUAAGAGGUUACUUCCUCCCAGCCACCCCCAAUUCAGCAGCCCAGGCUGA